AUGUUCGGAGCCCGUCGGUCUUCACCUUCUGCUCCCGGGCAGCCUCGGCAGCCGCCGCCUCCACCUCCUUCCGCCGCCUCCGCGACAGCCCCGCGAGCCGCCCCGACGCAGGCCAUCAAGUGUGUGAUGGUAGGAGACGGAGCUGUAGGUAAAACUUGCCUACUGAUCAGUUAUACGACCAAUGCUUUUCCUGGAGAUUGCAGCCCUACUCUCAUUGACAACUAUUCUGCCAAUGUUAUGGUAGAUGGGAAACUUGUGAAUUUGGGUUUAUGGAAUACAGCAGGCCAAGAAGAUUAUGACCGAUUACGUCCCUUAUCCUAUCUGCAAACAGAUGUAUUCGUUAUUUGCUUUUCCCUUGUGAGUCCUGAAUCAUUUGAAAAUGUCCGGGAAAAGUGGUAUCCUGAAGUGCAACACCAUUGUCCUAACACUCCCAUAAUUCUAGUGGGCACCAAACUUGACCUUAGAGAUGAUAAAGACACGAUUGAGAACCUAAGGAAGAACAAGCUGACUCCAAUUACCUAUCGACAGGGUUUAGCCGUGGCAAGGGAGAUUGGCGCUGUAAAAUAUCUGGAAUGUUCAGCACUCACACAGCGAGGCCUCAAGACAGUGUUUGAUGAAGCUAUUCGAGCGGUUCUUUGCCCACCCCCUGUCGAGAAGAGGAAGAGAAAAUGUCUGCUGUUGUAA